UCACAAUUCUGUCCACAAGUACCAAAGGGUUCAAACCUGUGCACACAAGUUUCCAAAGGGAGAUCUGGGGGGCCUGUCUGUGGGGCCAGGCUGUAUCAUCACAGUUUCAGGAUGAAGAAGAAUAAUGCCUUUGGUAUUGGACCACUAUUCUUUGCCCCGCUAUCAGAAGUAGUGGGCAGAACACUGAUGUACCAAGUCAGCAUCUUCUUCUUCUUCAUUUUCAUGCUGCCUAGUGCUCUGUCAAAAAACAUGGCCACACUAGUUGUUGCCCGUCAGAUUGCGGGAUUGGCGGCCUCUGCGCCGAUAUGUAAUGUGGGCGGAACUGUGGCCGAUAUUUGGGCCGUCGAGGAGCGAGGAGUCCCUAUGGCGGUGUUCUCGUUUACUUUAUUUAUGGGCCCCUGCCUUGGACCGCUCUUUGGAGGGUGGAUUGCCGAGAAAGCUGGCUGGAGAUGGAUUUACUGGGUCCUUUUCAUCUUCACUGGUGUAUGCUUUGCCUUCACGUUGUUCAUUCCUGAAACAUUGGCACCUCUCCUUCUCCGUCGUAAAGUUGAGAAGCUACGGAAGUCUACGGGAGACGAGAGCUACCGUACACUCGAGGAGCUCGAACGUGUCCCGUUCUUCGAGACCUUGAAGAUCUCUUUGCUUAGGCCGAUUGUGAUGCUGGUAGCCGAACCUAUCGUGGCCCUGUUUUCUUUCUGUGGGUCUCCUAGAAAUGAUUUUCUAUAGGACACCGAACAUUGGAACUUGUUGACUGCCGCUGAUACAAGUUUGU